GAUGGCUGGUUUGCAGAAAACACGUGACAUCUCAUAACUUCCUCUAACAGUCAGACCUUAGUUGUUCAGAUCUGCUGGGUUUAAUCUAACGCAGGGCACAUGCAGAGAUGGCAGGAAUAAGAGCAUUAAACCUUGAGAGUGUUGGCAAAAAAGCUUUACUCAUUCAGCCUUCCAACACCAGCACAGAGCCAGAGAAAGCUGUACAGAUGCGAAUGAAGACUGCCCAGAGCUCUGAAGUCCGACUGAGUCAGUCUAAGUCCAUGGUUCUGCAGGAGUUCGACCCUACCCUAAAAACAAUGCAACUGAAAAGUGAAGAUCUGAAUGUGGCUAAACUCUCAGUUGAGGGUAAGAAACAAAAGAAGAGCUGGAGUUUGAUGUGGACCGUGCUGACACCAGAUCAACUACUGUUUUAUAAAAAUAAGCAAGAGACUGGUUUGACACCAAGUGGUAAAUCAGAGACGAUUCAACUAUGUGGGGCAGUUAUUGAGUGGACCAGCCAGAAAUCAAGGAGGAAAAAUGUCUUCCAGGUUACAACAUGCACAGGAAGUGAAUACCUUGUCCAGAAUGACUGCUACUUAACUGCAUUGAAAUGGUUCAACGCCAUCAGGAAGAAUAUCAACUCUUCUACUAAAGAAGAGAAGGGUUUGCAGCAGCGAUCAAACAGCACAGAACACCUCCCCAGAUUUAGGUCCUCAUCUAGUUAUGGUUCUGCCUCCCCCAACACCAAGCAAAGAAACCCAUCCCACAGGCGCUCCAUUAACAUGUUCGGCAGCACAAAGCUGAAGCACAGUGCCUCAGACAGCACUGACAAGAAUGGAGUGAAGAACAGGCUGAAAAAAUUUAUGACCAGACGUCCAUCAAUGAAGACAUUACAAGAGAAAGGCUUAAUCAAAGAUCAAGUGUUCGGAUGCCAUUUGUUGACCCUCUGUGAGCGUGAAGGAACCACGGUGCCAAAGUUCAUCCAGACCUGUUUGGAUGCCAUUGAAAAACGAGGUCUGGAGACUGACGGGAUCUACAGGGUCAGUGGAAAUCUGGCUACAAUUCAGAAACUUCGCUUUGUCGUUGAUCAAGAGGAAGAUUUUGAUCUGGACCACCAGCAGUGGGAGGACAUCCAUGUGGUCACUGGAGCUCUGAAGUUGUUUUUUCGAGAGCUGCCAGAACCGUUGUUCCCCUUUAGUUUCUUCCACCCAUUUGUGGAGGCCAUCAAAAUCAAAGAUCACCAAGAAAAAGUUGAUGCUGUGAGAAAGUUGGUCCAGCAGUUGCCUCCACCAAACUAUGCAAUCAUGAAACUGCUCUUCGCUCAUCUGCAGAGGGUUCUUGUUCAUUCCAAGAAAAACUUGAUGUCCACUCAGGGCAUCUCUAUUGUUUUCGGCCCAACUCUAAUGUGGCCGAGCCUGGAUGCAGGAAACGUGGCAGUAAAUAUGGUGUACCAGAACCACAUCGUGGAGUUCGUCCUCAUCGAGAACCGAAACCUCUUCAUUAUCUAGAAGAACUAACACGAUGAGUUUAGAGUAACUAGACUUACACGAAUUCAUCAGUUGUUAAAUAUCCCAUUUUGCUUUUGCAUCUUUUUUUUUGGUCACAACACGUAAAGUAAUCUUUUUCUGUAAAAUGUGUUGCAUUAUUUUUCAUUCCAGGCAACAGAUAUGUAAAUUACCAUUAUGUUCCUGCAAAGAUUUGUUUGUGAUUGUAUCUUAUACUCCUCUACUAAAUUGACUUUUAAAACAAUCUAUUGAGUCUGCACGGUGUAAGAUAGGGUUAAAAAAGAUCUUACAACCUUGUUGCAGCUAAUUCCAAAUAUAAUAUAAAUCUCAGUAAAUGAAGUUGAGGAAGAACAGGUAGAGCUGGAACUAUAACACAAAAGAAGCAGAAAUGACAAUACUGCAGACAAGGCUUGAGCUUUCACUCUUAUUUAGCCUUUAAGAACACAGGUUCUUUGAUUAAAAAUGAGUCUUUUUUUGUUUGAAAAGACUGGCAGUCAUUGCAGAAUGCACACUGUCCUUUAAAAGUCAUCUCUCCCCCUAAAAAGCCAACAUGAUGGCUGUCACAAGAACAGGCAGAUGGCUGGAUCCAACUGCAGCAGGUUCAUUAGCUCAGCUAAAGUCCACAAAGCUGAAUCAGAGUGAGGCAGCCAGGAGUCGAUAACAGGCAUAAGUUCAUCAGAGAAGAGACAGGAUGGUCAAAAUCCAGACGAGAGUCAGGGCAGGUAAACAGGGUCAGAGGACCAGAUAGCACUCCUUAAUGCAGGCAGAGUGGCACAAAUAACACUUCUCACUGAGUGAGGCUCAGUGCAGAGCUUAAGUAUGCUGUGGUUGAUGAAUGCAUGAGAGUCAGGUGUGCAGCAACCAGGAAAUGCUGUUAGAACUCUGGAUAUCGCUCCUGCUGGUAACCAGAGGGGGAGACAGACAGAGUUCUGUCUUCUGACAAUGGCAAUAAUGCUAAAAUUCUGUGUUCAAACUUCCAAACUCUGCUGGCCAGACAGAAGACCAGGCUUCUGAUGACAAUUCAGUGCUUGGGUUUUGAACAUUUUUUUGGAUUAGUGUUGUCCUUAAGAUGCAUUUUCUCAGCCGCUUAAAAAAGGGACAGCGAUGGCAAUAUUACUAAAGCGUUUUUUUUUUUUUUUUACUUUCUAACCCAGUUGGCCUUGAAAAAUGCCAGCUUUUAAUUUAAAAAAUGAAUGGCAUGUUUGGAUUAGCGUAGAAUAAAUGUAGUGAAGUUCGGUCAAGUUUUCAUUAUCUUCAGUGUUAAAAAGACAUUGUUAUGGACAGAGUUGCUACAUUAUUGUAUCCUAUAGUCGCUUGAAAGAGAUUCAGGAUAAAGGACAGGAUUGCAGUAUGGGGCUAAAAUUCACGUCUCGGUUGACGUCUCCGGCCGGUGUCACACUGUGCAGCGACUGGGGCGAUGAUGAUGUGCCUACAGUGCCGUGGCAGAAAUUUGAAUGUAUCUGCAGUAAAUCAUUGUUCACAUCCGUCACCAUGUUUCUAAAUGGCUUUUGGCGUGAGCGGGUUUGUGUUUAUCCGUAUAAUCAGGAUUUUAUGCCCUUUUUUAUGUCUAGGUGGAGAUCAGGAGGAACGUGACAUAAAAAAACAACCACAAUUCCACAACAAUAACACCUAAAGACUGGCUCUAUAAAACGGAACUAAUAUAUUUACAAGAAAAAUGAGAGAUAAACAAUAACUUGAGGCGCAGCAAAAGGGCUUUAGGGUGAAGAAACAACACCAAACAAAACCCCACCCAUCUAUUCACAGAAAUCUUCCCUGCAAAAGAAAAGGGAUAACAGUAGCUGAGGUUACAUGAAGACAAAAGUAAUCGGAAUAAAUGCCUGAUCGGAAUAAAAAUGCGUCAUGUACUCUGCCCCGAUCAGACUCAUUCGGAUCAAGACUUCUUUUAGAUGGAGAUAGGUGGGUUAUGCCGAUUGUUGAUCCGAUCAUGGUGCAUAGAAACAGUUUAUUCUGUUCACUACUCCGCUGGCUUUGGGUCAUGCAUAGACGGUGUGGCUCUCCAGAGGAGGGUUUGGAGCGCGAACAGGACCGGUCGCCUGCUCCACCCGUGUGAAAUGUCUCUGAGCAGAGCAGCCGGACUCUGUGGGCAGGGCAGGAUGCUUUGUCACGGUGUGAACCUACUCCUCUUUUAAUAAAAACCAACAAAAACGA